CACUGUUCAGUCUGCUGUGGGAAUGUCUUUAAGUUAAGGUUUGCUGUUGGUAAUCUCUGUAACGAGUAAGCUGUCAUGAAUAUUUUGGAAGAUUUACCUAAUUCUAACAGGAAAAGGGGGUCCUUACCCCAAAUUGUAAUAACUAGGGCCUCUGGAACCAACCCGUUUGACCCUCAUGCCCACAGUCAAUAUGCAGGAGAAAAAUUACAGGUGCGCUUGGUCACACUGGAUGAAAAAUACAGAAGUCACUUGUUACAUCAACAGAUUAAGGCGUUCGAGGAGAAAGUGUACACCUCCUACGACAACUUUAACGUGGACAUGAUGCUGAAAAUGUUCCGUGAACUUGCCAGAAGAUGCAAAGGAUCCCAGGACAUUUACACCAUAGGAGGAAUUCGACAAGCCAUCAAUCAAGAAAUUCGUAAACUACGCAUGCGCAAGAGGAACAAACGACUUCCUCUUUCAGAGGACAUGGGCACAGAAAAUGAUGACGUUAUGGAAUAUUUCAACUGGUUUUUCAAAAAUCUGUCGUAUUUACGAGAACUAAGGAACAAUUUUGCCAGUCGUAUUUUUAAUCCUUUGUUUAAGUACUUUUAUAAUAUUUCUCACGGAGGGCCGGAUCGAGAACGGUCGACUGACUCCGCCAUGUCGAUGUCCAAUCUCAGUGUCGCCUCCCAUCGCUCUUUUGACAGUGGCAUCACGGGUAUAUCCGGUUGGAGCUCUCUCCGAUUUUCGGAUUCUGAAAGCCAAGCUUCGGGAGAUGGCGAUAUUCAGAGUGCUCGAAAACACAUGAUCUCGAAAGCUGCUCUCCAACUGUUAGGACGAGAGCUACGAGAUGUGAAGAAUUUAUACGACACGACGGAGCUGGAGAAAACGGCUCAAAGGCUAGCAUUAAUUAAAGAGCAGCUUGACUAUCUCAUUGAUAACGAAGACGCCAUUAAUCAGGCUCUCUUCAGUCAGGAUAGCGAAAGGGUAGUGAACCACCUUAAAGUUAAGAACUCUCGUACUUAUUAUCUUAUGCGAUUGAUUCCUGAUAUUCUUGUUAAAUUCCAAAUCUGUGCAUGGCUAGCCAGAAAGUGGUUGGAAAUUGACGACAAGAAAACAAAAGAUCUAAAAGAAAGGCUUGCCAAACUUGUGUCCCUGGAAGAUCAAUUAUCCAGGAGGUUGAAGAUGCUUUCUACAGACAUCCAGAAACAUGAGAGAAAACUAGAAAAAGAAACAAACGAACUACAAAAGCUCUUAAAACGGGAGGAGAGAACUAACGAAUUAGAAAUGACACUACAUGGCUAUGAGAAUCGGGAAAGAGACUUGAAAGAUUACAUUCAGAAGCUGGAAAACGAGAAAGAAGAGUUAACGACAAAGUUAAACAACAUGAUCAAAGAAAAGAAGACAGGGGAGGCCAAAGCCCUGCAGACGAUGUUGGAGAGGAACAAGCUGCAGCUUUUUGCAAUGGAGAGACAGCUGGGGACUCUGAACUACCAUAAAACCAUCGUACACAAUGACAUGCAGGUGGAACUGGAGGUCAAGACAAACAUCAUCCACUUCACGAAUGACGUACAGGAUCAGUGUGAAGAGCUUGAAAAGAUGUUAGAGACGGAGAAAAAAGAGAAGAGGACGAUACAGGCCGCUUUAAUUCCCAUAGCCCAAGACUCGGAGGAAAUCAGAGAGCGCCUGCGCGAAAAAGCAUAUCCGGUAGAAGAAAAUGAAGGCAUUGUUGCCCAGUAUAUUGGGAGCAGCAGGAUUCCGCUGUCCACAAUGAGUGUGGUGGAAAUGAAGAAAAGGUUUGCAGCUAAGAACCCGAAUCCCAGACAUGUUCCUGUUUUUGAGAGUCCGCGAAAAAUGAACAUAUUUAAGACCGAGAUUGAACCUUAUCCCAAAACUCCCGAGUUCGAUUUUUGAUAUUGAUUGGGAUUUUGUGCUUUGUUUACUCUGAUAGCUCUGCUAGAUAUGCUAGAAGCCAUUAGAUUUCUAUGUAAUUUGAUGUUUUUAGUUUGAAAAAAAUACAUUAAUUUUGUGAUAUUUAUUCAAUACUUUUUCAUGGUUACCAAUAAAGAAUAUAUUAAUGAUAAUAAA